GGUAUUCUAGAUAAGAGGGAGUAAGUACCUAGACAACGAGCCAUCUUCUCAUGUAUCUAAGGUCAUCCACGUCUUAGUAAACGAGGUAUUGAUUGCCUCCUUAUAACGCAUAUAGGUAGAUAUAGACCUCGUCCAUUGAUUCAGUACAUCAUGUGUCUGUGUAGCAGCCAUGAGUAUAUAGAAGUAGCCCAAGUUGGUAGGAAUCUAUCUACCUACCUAUAUAUACAUACAUACAUAUGUAGCUACUAGUUGAAAACUAGCCAGCACGGGGGAUGAGGGUAUCGCUCAUCCUGGAGUGGUACACGGCCAGUGCAGCUUGUCUCUCAACCAACCACAUUAUAAGCCAGCACCUCAUCUACAUCUGGCCUAGGCAGGCUGGGUGUAACAUGUCCUCCACAUGCUAACCACGAGUUCAUGACGCUGCUCAAAUAUCCAUGUUGUUCUCCUUUCAAUUUCACUACCUUCUCGGACUGUCCAUUCACUGAUUCUACACCGAUUCCCCGAGCCUCUUUGUCGACUUCCUCGACAUCAGCCUCGUCGUUAUAAUGACAGAACCCGUGCCUCCCUCAGGCUCUAAGCACCAGCCUGUCAUCAAUGAUGCGGCAUCGUGCAACAAGAAGAGUACGGGUGAUGCCGAGAGCAGUCAUGGCAACAUCGCACAAGAGACCGCCGUUGUUGUCGACUCGGCUGCUGAGAGAGCCCUCUGUCGCAAGUUUGACUUCCGACUGCUGCCAGUCUUGGCUUUGAUGUAUCUCUUCAACGCUCUCGAUAAGGGAAACCUUGGUAACGCGCAGACUGCUGGGUUGUCCAAAGAUCUCAACUUCAAAUCAGGACAAUACAACCUUAUCGUAGGAAUCUUCUUCGUUCCAUACGUUGUGUUCGCACCCCCUCUGGCUUUACUCGGCAAGAAAAUAGGGCCAUCUCGAAUGCUUCCCAUUCUGAUGUUCAGCUUCGGCUCGUUCACUUUACUCACGGCUGCGACGCAUAACUUCAGCGGCAUCUUCGCCUUGCGGUUCUUUCUCGGCGCCGUUGAAAGUGCCUUCUUCCCACUAGUUAUCUUUUACCUCACUACAUUCUAUAGACGUAGCGAAUUAGCUCGGCGGUUAGCUAUAUUCUAUGCCGCGUCAAACAUAGCCAACGCCUUCAGUGGGCUUCUCGCAUUCGGAGUCUUCCAGAUCAAAUCAAACCUGGUAGAUCACCCCUGGAGAUGGCUCUUCAUCAUUGAAGGGACGCUCACUGUGUUGUUCGCCAUAUUCGUUUUCUUCUACCUACCCAAGAGUGCGGCCGAAGCUAGAUUCUUGAAUGAGGAAGAGAAAGCCCUUGCGUAUCAUCGAAUCCAGGUCGACAGCUCUUCCAUUGUGAAUGAAGCUUUCAACCUCAAAGAAUCAUUACAGAUUUUCAAGAGGCCCUCAACUUAUGGCUUCCUCUUGAUCGAAAUUGCUUUGGGAGUCCCCAUACAAUCUGUCGCGCUCUUUCUACCACAGAUUGUUCAACGAAUCGUGAAGGAUACAGUCAAAGUAAACCUCUACACCGUAGCACCAAACAUUACGGGCGCUGUGACAUUGUUGAUUCUGGCAUUCUCGUCCGACUUGCUCCGCAUCCGGUUCCCUUUCAUCUGCUUGGGAUUCGCUCUCUCCUUUACCGGAUUCAUUAUAUACGCCGCUAUUGAUGACGUUCAACGUCAGAGACAACUAGCCUAUUACUCUACAUUCAUGAUGACCUGGGGAACAUCUGCCCCCUCCGUCCUGUUAAGCACGUGGUAUAAUAACAACGUAGCACAUGAGGGUCAACGACUAACCUUAACCUCGGUCGGUGUACCCCUCGCUAAUCUGAUGGGCUUGGUUUCCAGCAACGUCUUCCGCGAGCAAGAUAAGCCAAAGUACGAACCAGCAAUCAUCACCACGGCGAGUUACGGCGGGUUCGGAUUUAUCGUUGCGGCGUGUCUGGGAUUCUACAUGAUGUUCGACAAUAAACGCCGCAACCGCCGACAGGGCGUGAACCUCUCCGCCAGGGACGUUCCUACUUCGCGGUUGAGGGACGGCCCGAAGGUGGAUGAUUUCAGAUGGUUCUUGUAGUUGACUCUAUGUUCUUAGAAGAUUCCUACGAUUCUAGGAUGCAGUGUUACGUAUGCAUCAUCGAUUUACCUUGGUGCGGAAUAUCAUUGCUUUUCUCUCACAUAUAUGGGGCCUAAUACUAGAUAGGGGAAGUUAUCAGAUUGUUUGUAGUGAUACCAGUCAGCAGGAGUUAAUACGAUGAAAAUCAACGUUGCGACGUAAUCA